UGCUCGUAACCGAUUUAAAAAAUGUCAAUAAUCUAAAUUAUUUUAAAUAAUUGUUUUGUUUGUAAUUAUUAUGGAUUAUCAUAAGUUUAUUAAUGUGUUAUGUAAAUAUUUUCAUAUGAGCACAUAAAAUGGAUGUUGUUAAAAGACUGUCAUCUUUACAAGAGAUAUCAAAAGCUCAGUUAUCGAAAAUAUUUAGUGUUAAUCCGAACAGAAAAUACCUGAUUAUAGAACCUCGUCUCAUUAAACCUCUGGAAAGAGUCUGCGGAGUUCGAUGGCUUAAGGCAAGUGGAGUCGAAAAAAUAUUCAAACUUGAAUCAAUUGCACCCAAUUUCAGUGAUAAUGUAGUAUUUUAUAUGAUUUAUCCUGAAUUAAAAGUUUUCAGUCAAGUAGUAGAUCAAAUUAGGGCGCAGGUUGAUAUAGAAAAUCCACCAAAUAACAAAUUUCACAUUAUAUGCAUUCCACAAAUAUCUUAUUUAUUUGAAGAGGAAUUGGAGCAGUAUGGUCUUCUGGAAAGUGUAGUGAGGAUACAUUGUUUUCAAUGGAUGCCUAUACAUUUGGACACUGGAAUUCUGAGCUUAGAAGUGCCACUUUUGUACAAAACUCUUUUUGUAAAUGAAAAUUUCAUUUUGCUUCCUGUUUUAUCAAAAAGCUUAUGGCAGCUUUGUUUUGUUACAGGCAAACCUAGAGUCAUUUUAGCGUUAGGCUCCCAGUCAAAUAAUCUUUUGAACCAAUAUGACAGUUUAUGCGAAGACAGAGGCGAAACAGAUCAAAUUGACUCAGAAUUCGGUGCUUUAAUCAUCAUAGAUCGAAAUGUAGACUACACGAGUGCUCUCUUAACCCCAGGAAUAUAUUCAGGACUUCUAAACGAGGUAUAUACUGUUACAGCAGGCAUCUGUGAGAGUACCAAGACAAAUAGUAAAAACCCUGAAGAAGAUGGCCCAGUUUUUGAUGAAAAAUGCAAUCCAGUGCCUAAAAAACAACCAGUCUCUAUAACACUCAACAGUAAUAUGGAUAUAGUUUAUGCGGACAUCAAGAAUCGUUUUUUUACUGAAGUCACUUCUGUCUUGAGCAACCUGACCAAAGAACUGAAAUCUGAGAAGAUGUACUCAAAAGAAAUGGCUUUAGAUGAGAUUAAAAGAUAUGUUCAAACUCAAUUACAGGCAACAAAGUCAAGGAAGAAGUUUAUAAGUAACCAUUUACUAGCGGCUGAAAGUAUUAUAAACGCUUUGGGUCAUAGGUAUGAGAAACAGAAAAAAGUUGAAACUGAUAUAAUGAAAAACAGUAAUAAAUCUAGUAAUAUAACUUAUUUAGAGGAGAGUAUAGCUACUGAAAAUGAUAAAUUGAUGUCUUUGAGACUGUUUUGUUUGAUUGCAAUUUCACAGAAACUUACAGGGAGUGAAAUAAAUUCAUUUUGGAGAAAAUUUCUCUUACAUUUUGGUUAUGAUUAUGGAUUUGCAUAUAAUAAUCUGAUAAAUGCCGGGUUUAUAGAUGACUUUAACCAGAGUUUAACCACCAUCAACAUUCCAGGGAAAAUAAACUUAAAAAUCCCUAAAUUUUCAACUAGUAACUUCUAUAUAAACGCCAAAAAUCUACGUCAAAUACCUGCCGAACCUGAUAAAAUCAACUUAAAAAAUCCUACCUGUCCUAGUUAUGUUUAUGGUGGUGCAUACAUACCUCUGAUAACUCAAGUUGCUGGUAUGGUACUGAACGCUGUACCACUGGAGGAUAUCAGGUCAAAAUUAGAGCCAUUUGGAUCAGUGACAGUGAGAAAUGAUAAUGGUUAUCCGUUGCAUUGUAGGACUGUUUUGGUUUAUGUGGUGGGGGGAGUUACAUAUGCGGAAAUAGCUGCUUGUAAUUUAUUGGAAACACUGAUGGGUACUAGGAUUUGUGUAAUGAGCGAUGCUGUGAUCAAUGGUAAUGAUUUAAUGAAUGGUAUAUUGUCUAUUUAGGAUGUUGUUUAAGUGCAAUCCAGUUUUUUUUUACCUGAACUAGUUAUUUUUAUUGUGGUAUUGUACUGAAUGGAUUUGGUAAUGAUUUAAUGAAUGGUAUAUUUAACAUGCUCCCUAAUGAGUGGUAUAUUUACUACUGAAGUAUUUUUUUCUUAAACUCAUUGUUUCUGAUAAUGGGGUUGAUAUAUCCUUUGAAAACAUCAAAUAUUUUUAUUGGUUAGUCUAGUUUAUGUUAAAAAACCACUUCACUGGGUGGCUUUUUACUUAAACACAAAUACAGAACUUUUUUUUAGUAAUUAUAUUUUUUCUAUCUUGUU